UCUAUUCACUACUACAUGAGUUCAGAACAGAACACCUAUACCAGGCUGCCACGACAACCACGGUGCUCUGGGAGCAUGGAUUUCAGGGAGCUGCGCUUCGCCCGUGCUAUGGAGUUUACUAUCCACGAGAUCAACAACAGAACCGAUCUCCUGCCGGACAUCACGUUGGGCUAUCAGAUAUACGACUCGUGCUCUGCCGUGCCGAUGGCAAUCAAAGUUGCAUUUCAGUUUGCAAAUGGCUUAGUCCCCAUUUUCAAUUACGUUAAUUCCUGUUCAAAAUCAGUAGCUGCUGCUGUACCAGCUCUCGUAGGAGAGUCUGCAUCCACCCCGUCAAUUAGCAUGGCCAGAAUCCUAGGUCUAUUUGGAAUUCCACAGGUGAGUAACUACGCAACAUGCGCGUGCCUGAGCGAUAAACGGCAGUUUCCUGCCUUCUUUAGGACGGUACCUAGUGACGAACACCAAGCUGCUGCACUGGCGAGAAUGGUGAAGUUUUUCGGCUGGACAUGGAUUGGAGCAGUGCGCAGCGACUCAGACUACGGAAAUAAUGGAAUGGCAGCGUUCCUAAAGACUGCGCAGGAGGAGGGGAUCUGUGUGGAGUACUCCGAGGCCUACUACAGAACACAACCGCGCAGUAAACUGGAGAGAGUGGCAAAUGUCAUCCGCAAAUCUACGGCACGGGUAAUAGUAGCGUUUCUUGCAUCAGGCGACAUGAAGUUUCUCUUGGAAGAAUUAGCACGGCAGCCACCGCCUCCGCUUCAGUGGAUAGGCAGCGAAACGUGGAUAAUAGAGACAGAGUUUCUGCGGUAUAACAUGUGUGCUGGCGCAAUAGGCUUUGGGAUUCCCCGAUCAGUGAUCCCAGGUCUUCCUGAGUUUCUUCUAGACCUCUCUCCAGAACAAGCCUUGCAAUCGCCCCUUCUAAUGGAAUUUUGGGAGAGAUCGUUCAGCUGUAGCCUAAAAGGGCGGACAGGCUCCUCAGAGUUCCUGCGAGAAUGUGACGGCAGUGAGGACAUCCGCGCGCUACAGAACCCAUACACAGACACGUCUCAGCUGCGCGUAACUAACAUGGUGUAUAAAGCUACAUAUGCCAUAGCGCAUGCUAUACAUGGUGUUAUUUGUAGUGGCACGCAGUGCGACAAGACCCUUAAAUUCGCACCGUGGCAGAUACUUAACCGGCUCAAGAGAGUGAACUUCACCACAAAGAAUGGUUAUCAGGUCAGCUUUGAUUCCAAUGGAGAUCCUGUAGCUGUCUAUGAGCUCAUAAACUGGCAGUUUAAGAAAGAUGGUGCUUUGAAUUUUGUGCCAGUCGGCUACUAUGACUCAUCCAAACCAAGAGGACAGGAGUUCAGAAUGAACAGUGCUAUCAGCUGGGUGGGAGGACAGACAGAGGUUCCAGUGUCUGUGUGCAGUGAGAGCUGUCCUCCAGGCACCAGGAAGGCUGUGCAGAAGGGAAGGCCUGUCUGCUGCUAUGACUGUAUACCAUGUGCAGAGGGAGAGAUCAGUAACAAGACAGACUCUCUGGAUUGUUUACGCUGCUCUGCUGAGCUCUGGCCUAACACCAAGAGAGACAGCUGCCUGCCCAAGUCUAUUGAGUUCCUGUCCUGGGAUGACACUUUGGGCAUCAUCCUGACAGUGUUCUCCGUCACUGGGGCAUUCAUAGCUGUGUGUGUUACUGCUGUCUUCUACAAACACAGGGCGUCUCCCAUUGUCCGAGCCAACAACUCAGAGUUGAGCUUCCUGCUGCUCUUCUCUCUGACUCUGUGUUUCCUCUGUUCACUUACUUUCAUUGGUCGGCCCUCUGAGUGGUCCUGUAUGCUGCGCCACACAGUGUUUGGGAUCACCUUCGUCCUCUGCAUCUCCUGUGUUCUGGGGAAAACAAUAGUGGUGUUAAUGGCCUUCAGGGCUACACUUCCAGGCAGUAAUGUCAUGAAAUGGUUUGGGCUUCCACAGCAGAGACUCAGUGUUCUUGCUUUUACUCUCAUACAGGUCAUUAUUUGUGUUCUUUGGCUAACAAUUUCCCCCCCUUUCCCCUUCAAAAAUGUAAAGCACUACAAGGACAAGAUCAUCUUGGAAUGUGGUUUAGGUUCAGAUGUAGGUUUCUGGGCUGUACUGGGUUAUAUUGGGUUCCUGGCUGUUUUGUGUUUUAUUUUGGCUUUUCUAGCACGGAAGUUGCCUGAUAACUUUAAUGAAGCCAAAUUCAUCACAUUCAGCAUGCUCAUAUUCUGUGCAGUUUGGAUCACCUUUAUUCCAGCUUAUGUCAGCUCUCCUGGAAAAUUCACUGUAGCUGUGGAGAUAUUUGCUAUUCUGGCCUCAAGCUUUGGUUUGAUUAUUUGUAUUUUUGCUCCCAAGUGUUUCAUAAUUGUGUUUAGGCCAGAGCAGAAUACCAAGAAACACCUUAUGGGUAAAGUUCCCUCUAAAGCUCUUUAAGACCCUCACUUAAAUAGGAGGCAAUAUAAAUAUCCAGAAACUUCUAUAAAAUCUGACUGGUUAUGAUAAAGCUUACAUGUAUAUAAUACAUCAUCCUUACAUAUAAACAUUUA